CACACACCGCCUACUCGACCUGAACAUCAUGCCUGCCACCCUGCGUCUCCCCGGAAAGGUCGCCAUCAUCACCGGCGGUGCCAGCGGCAUCGGCCUCGAGUCGGUCCUCCUGUUCGCCUGCGAGGGCGCACACGUCGUCGCCGCCGACAUCAACGAGGAGGCCGCUCAGCGCGCCGUCAAGCUCGUCGCCGACAUGUACCCCGACGCGCCGAGGGCGAUUGCCGUCAAGUGCGACGUCUCCAAGGAGGCCGACAUCAAGGCGUGCGUCGCAAAGGCCGUCGACGAGUUCGGCAGGCUCGACGUCAUGUUCAACAAUGCCGGCAUCAUGCACCCUGCAGACGACAACGCGCUCACGACCGAGGAGCGCAUCUGGGACCUGACGAUGAACAGCAACCUCAAGGGCGUGUGGUGGGGCUGCAAGUACGCGAUCGAGGCGAUGCGCAAGAACCCGGACGGGUCCAAGGGCAGCAUCAUCAACACGGCGUCGUUCGUCGCCGUCCUCGGCGCCGCCACCCCUCAGCUCGCCUACACCGCCUCGAAGGGCGCCGUCCUCGCCAUGACUCGCGAGCUCGCCGUCGUGCACGCGCGUGAGGGCAUCCGGCUCAACUCGCUGUGCCCGGGCCCGCUGCGGACCAAGCUCCUCAUGGACUUUCUCGACACGCCCGACAAGAAGAACCGCCGGCUCGUGCAGGUGCCCGCGGGCAGGUUCGGCGAGGCGAUCGAGCAGGCAAAGGGCGCCCUCUUCCUCGCGAGCGACGACUCGAGCUACGUCAUUGGCGCCGACUUCAAGGUCGACGGCGGCAUCUGCGCCGCGUACGUCACGCCCGAGGGCGAGCCGAGCUUGGCCCCGCCGCAGAACCUCGCGCCCGAGGCGUGAGAGCGCCUUGGACCCUCUCUUUUCUCUCUUUUUCCUUCCCUGUCCUUCGACGAUAGAUACCUCGAAACACCCCUGAACCCCGAACACACGCAAUGCAAAGUCUCUCUCUCCC